AUCAACAACAAAAAAAACAUCAACAUCAGUGAACAACAUCAUCAACAAGAAAAAGUGUCCCCUUAGAAGCAGCUGUUGAAUGAUCUAUGAACUCUUAAAACGCCCACAGCUUUGCCUCUCAACUUACCCGUAGUGCUCUCCUUCUGUCGUUCUUGCUUAUUUUGGUGACAAAAAUGCCUUCUGCCAUAAAUCCAUCAACUUGCUGAGUAAAUCAAACUCAAGUAACAAUAAUUAAAGAGGCCAUAAUAUAGAUAUACCGAAAAGGUAUAUACAUAUAUUAUUUUUAGGAAAGAUAUUUCCGUUACAAGUGAGAGUGAGAGUGAUGAGAAGUGAUCAUCAUCAUCAUCAGCCUCCAAUUGCAAUUCGGAAACACUUCAAAGACUAAGCUAAAAACACAUGUUGCUGGGAUAUCAGAGGACUGAGAGAGAGGAGGAAGGAAACUGAAAUAAAUUAGAAAACUAGAAGAGAUCACAGGGAGAGAUCGAAGUGAGUGAGUGGAUACAGUGAGAGUGAGAGUGAUGGAGUAAAGUGGAUUUCCGGUGAAUAAAAAACCAACAACACAUGCGACAGUAUCCCGCAAAACGAAGCCUACCCCGACGCCGACGACAAACAGACGGAGUUACAGUUGCAGUUGCCGUUGCCGUUGCCAUUGCCAUUGAAGGGCGCUCAGGCCGAGUGGCACUUAGGGUGCCCCAGGGCAUCAUCAGCAUCAUCAGAGCCUCCGAUAUAGAUAUACAGUUACAAAAAUAAAUAUGCUAAAAAUGGAUGACAACAACAACUACAGAAAUUUCAGUUGCUACAGCAACGUUGCCAGCCAAAGACGCAGCAAAAUGAGUACGGGAAGUAGUAGACGGCAGUGUCGAUGUCGAAUUCAAAGUCAGAUCUCGAUGCUGUGCUGUUUGCUGCUUGUGGCAAUGAUUUUUCUUCAAGCUGAGGCCAGACGGCCGCCAUCUAGCUCGCAGGAAAUGAUCAAGGACUACGAAACAUCGGCAAACAAUAAUACCAGCAGCAACAGCAGCACUUUCCAAACUCCUGCCGCAGAGGACAUGGAUCAAGAUUCGGAGGAUGAUGAUUUGAGCCACAAAUCAGUAUCAGGAAAUACGGAAAAGCAAGCAUCGCCCAGCUUUAAGAACCCCCUGAAAAUGUCCGUGAUGUAUACUAAACCCUCGGGUUCAUCGGUGAAUCUGGGCUGUCAUGCUUCAGGUUAUCCGGAUCCAAAUAUCACCUGGUAUCGUAAUGGUAUUAGUGAAUGGACCCGGACCUAUGGCCGCACGAAAAAGGGACGUUGGCAACUCAUCAUGGAGGAUCUGAUACCAGAUGAUUCCAAUCAUUACAUGUGUCUUGUCUGCAAUCCCUUGGGCUGCAUCAAUCACACUGCAAAUUUGAUUGUCAGCGAUCGAGUUAACCACAAACCAAUUCUACUGAUUGGACCCGCCAACUUAACCCUGCAGAUCAAUGGCAGUGGCAAAAUGGAUUGUAAAUAUCUCUCGGACUUGACCAGCAAAAAGGCAUGGAUGUUUGAACCCUGCCAGUCGGCCAACAAUUGCUCCUUGACGCGGACUAUUAUUGGCGAGGAUAUGGAUAGCUUGGAGUUUGUCAAUGUGACCCAGGACAAGGAGGGCUGGUACACAUGCAUCGAAAGCAAUAGCCUGGGACAGUCGGGAAGCAAAGCCUAUCUGAGAGUAAUGAGCAGUCUGCAGCUUCUUGAAGCCGGAAUGGGCACUGGUCAAGCCGUAUUGAUGAUUAUUGUGGUGGCGGGCAUUGCCAUAUUGAUAUUCCUGUGGAUUUUCUUCGUACUCUAUGCCAUGCGCAAGAUGAAGCACGACAAACUGCUGAAACAGCGCAUUGAACGGGUGCACCAGUGGACUAAAAAGGUGAUCAUUUACAAGCCAGAGGGUGGCGCUGGCAUUGGUGGUGGGGAUUCAAGUGGCUCAAUGGACACCAUGAUAAUGCCAGUGGUUAAGAUAGAGAAGCAACGCACCACUGUCCUACAAAGCGGCAAUGAGCCGACUCCGUUUAAUGAAUACGAAUUUCCACUCGACUCCGACUGGGAACUUCCACGAGCACAGCUUAUUUUGGGUGCCACCUUGGGCGAAGGAGCGUUUGGCAGAGUUGUCAUGGCUGAGGUGAAUAAUGCUAUUGUUGCCGUGAAAAUGGUUAAGGAAGGACACACUGACGACGACAUAGCCAGUUUGGUCCGGGAAAUGGAAGUGAUGAAGAUAAUUGGUCGACAUCCGAAUAUCAUUAACCUUUUGGGCUGCUGCAGUCAAAGCGGCCCACUUUAUGUUAUCGUGGAAUAUGCCCCUCACGGCAAUCUCAAGGAUUUCCUCUUCAAGAAUCGGCCGUAUGGCAGAGAUCCACUUGACUCAAGCAAAUCUCCACCCUCUCCGCUGCCCCCGCCGCAGCAUUUAAUCAACGAAAAGGAUCUAAUCAAGUUCGCACAUCAAAUUGCCCGUGGCAUGGACUACCUGGCCUCGCGUCGUUGUAUUCAUCGUGAUCUGGCGGCACGUAAUGUCCUCGUUAGCGACGACUACGUUCUGAAGAUAGCUGACUUUGGUUUGGCUCGUGAUAUACAGAGCACGGAUUACUAUCGGAAAAAUACGAAUGGCCGAUUGCCCAUCAAGUGGAUGGCUCCGGAAUCGCUGCAGGAGAAGUUUUACGAUUCCAAGAGCGAUGUCUGGUCCUAUGGCAUAUUGCUGUGGGAGAUAAUGACAUUUGGAGCCCAACCCUAUCCGGCGAUUAUGUCAGCCGAAGAGCUCUAUAGCUAUCUUAUGUCCGGACAGCGCAUGGAGAAGCCAUCAAAAUGCUCGAUAAACAUUUACAUUCUUAUGCGUCAGUGUUGGCAUUUUAAUGCUGACGAUCGUCCGCCCUUCACGGAGAUUGUCGAGUAUAUGGACAAGCUGUUGCAAGCCAAGGAGGAUUAUCUGGAUGUGGAUAUUGCCAAUCUGGACACACCGCCCUCGACCAGUGACGAAGAGGAGGAAGAAGAAGAUCCCCCACCUCCCUAUUUAAGUCUUAGUUUUACACCAAAGGCGUAAAACCAAAAAUCAACAAAAAAUAUCAAAGAAAAACGAUUUUAUUAUAACAUACUUAGGUUAGGUAUAAAAACCAAAAAUGUUCUCGGAUGUGACUAACUUCGGAAUUGCCGAAGAUUCUGUAUACCCUUGGAAAACUAGAAGCCAUCAAUACUCAAGCUUUUCAUUAAUACAUACAUAUCUAUUUAGUAAUUCUUUUCAAGGGCAUACUUAACCAAUACACUUGAACAAAUUUACAUGCAUAUACCAUUUACAUACACAUAUAUCUACUUGAUAAGUUAGUCUAGUUAUAUCGGUUGUAUCUUUCGUAUUUUCCUGUACUGAUCUUUGUAGUAUUUCUUUAUAUAACUUGUAACCAAUAAAUGUUGCAGUUGUUGCCUGCGCGGCCUGUAUCAAGUGCCUUAAUGAA